UUCUCUGGCUACCAUGCUUCUCUGCUAAGAUGGAUCAUCUUAAUGGUUAUUUAUGCUGUGAUUAUUAUGCUUAAUGGUUAUUUUAGUACAAGCGUACAGAUACAUGAGAAAAACAAAGGAAGGGACCAAAUGGCAAACAUUUUACUUCUCUAUUCGUUCACAAUUUCCCUCGGUUAUUUUUGCAUUUCUUGUUUGGUAGAAAGCUAUUGCAGCCAUAUUAUAUUACAUACGAUAAUUUUAAAUUUGGUUUGCCCGGAAAUUCAUUGGAUUAGAUUUGAGAAAUCUGUCAUUUACUAGUUAGUUCACUGACUAAUCCCAUUGAUAUAUAAUAGGGAACUUUAAUGAAAAGCUUCCGGUACUGUUCAUUUUAACGAAAAAUCAUAUUUUUAUAUUAAGAAGUCAAUCAUGUAUCAUUCACUUUAUCCUUUAUUUUAUCCUUAUCGUUAAAACUCAAAGUUUUCGAAUCAUUUUUAUUAGUUUUUCUAUAUCCUAUCGAAAUUUUAAAUAUUGAAAAAAUAUAUUUAGCUAUUUUUUCUUCCUAAAUUAAUGCACUUUUGUCCAAGAAUACGGAAAUGCAAGAGAGGAGCGUCAAUAACGCUUUACUAAUCCAUGGUAAAUGUUACGUUAGAAAGGAAACGUGAAUUUGAAUUCUCAUACAUUUCAUUCCAAAAUCAACAAGAAUCAAAUGGAUAGUCCUCCCUCCAAUGACCCCAAAAUCCCACUUCUCCCACUUGAUGAUCCAAAUCCAAACCAUAACUCACAAAUCCGCUACCCUUCUUCACUGGAAUCCAUUCUACCAUCCAAGAACUUGUCCAUCCUCCUGGGGCCUCUUUUGAGCACCGUUAUUUGCCUCUGUGUCAACUUAGAUGGCGCCAUCGCUAGCCGGAAUAUGUUGGCCGUGCUUGCCUGGGUGUUUGCUUGGUGGCUCACGGAGGCCGUGCCGAUGCCAGUUACCUCAAUGUCCCCUCUCUUCCUCUUCCCGCUCUUCGGAAUUGCCUCUGCAGAUGAUGUUGCCCACUCUUACACGAACGAUGUUAUUGCCCUCGUUCUUGGAAGCUUUAUUUUGGCUCUCGCCGUUGAGCAUUAUAACAUACACAAAAGAUUGGCCUUGAAUAUAACCCUGGUGUUCUGCGGAGAUCCCUUGAAUCCGCCAUUGCUGCUGCUGGGAAUAUGUGGGACCGCAGCAUUCAUCAGCAUGUGGAUGCACAACGUGGCAACUGCGGUGAUGAUGAUGCCCGUAGCCACCGGCAUUCUCCGGCGGUUUCCGACGGGUCCCGACCAGUCCGUGGUUGUGAGCAACUUUUGCAAAGCCGUGAUUCUGGGGGUGUUGUACUCCAUAACCAUAGGAGGGAUGAGCACUCUGACGGGGACAGGUGUCAAUCUCAUAUUGGUUGGAAUGUGGAAGAGCUAUUUCCCACAAGCAGCUCCAAUCACCUUCAGCACCUGGUUCUGUUUCGCCUUCCCUUCGGCAUUGUUGAUGUUCUUGGCUUUGUGGGGUUUGCUUUGCUCCUUGUAUUGCCCAAGGGGUUCAGGCCAGGCUCUCUCUGUUUAUUUAGACAAAGCCCAUUUGAAGAAGGAACUCGAAUUGCUAGGUCCAAUGGCUUUUGCUGAGAAGUUGGUACUGGCUUUGUUUUCGAUGCUGAUUGUUUUGUGGAUGACAAGAAGCAUAACGGAGGAUAUUCCGGGCUGGGGAGUCCUCUUCAACGGACGUGCCGGAGAUGGAACUGUCAGUGUUAUGAUUGCAAUUUUUUUGUUCAUAAUUCCAAGCAAAAAACAAAAAGGUGAGAAGUUGAUGGACUGGGAAAAAUGCAAGAAGCUACCCUGGAAUAUCAUAUUGUUACUAGGUGCUGGUUUAGCCAUAGCUGACGGAGUUCGAUCCAGUGGCCUUGCUAAUUUAUUAUCUGAAACCCUAGAUUUUUUGGAGGCAGUCCCAUAUGUUGCCAUUGCUCCUGCUGUGUGUCUCAUAAGUAGUUCCAUCACUGAGUUGAUCACAUCAAACAAUGCGACAGCCACGCUUAUUAUUCCUCUCCUAAUUCAAAUUGCCAAAAGUAUGCAUGUCCAUCCUCUCCUUCUGAUGAUUCCGGGUGGCAUUGGGACACAAUUUGCUUUCUUGCUUCCUACGGCAACUCCUUCAAAUACCGUAGGAUUCGCCACUGGCCACAUUGAGAUCCAAGAUAUGAUCAAGAUUGGCUUGCCAUUGAAGAUUGUUGGGAUUGCUGUGUUGUCCCUUUUGAUGCCCACUCUUGGAGUUUAUGUAUUUAGGACAAGUGAACCAGUUCAAUGACUUGAAAGUUCAAUAAUGUUAUGAUGUCUCACAAAAUCUCAAGGCAUAACAAAAAGCAGAACAUGUUUUGUUAGCGAUAGUCCUAUGAUUCCAUUCAUCUGUGAGUCUAUUUGUGAUUCUGAGAUACUUAUAUGAAUUCAAAGCAUGAUUUUAAAUUUACAUUUCA